AUGAAAAACCUGCACAUUGUCACUGGAGCAUACAUGUUAAAUUCAGUGGCGAUUACUACUACUACUACUACUACUACUACUACUACUACUACUACUACUACUACUACUACUACUACUAAUACUACUAACAAUUAUUAUAGUGGUAGUGAUAAUAAUAAUAAUGUCAUUACCAGUAAGGAUACCAUUAUACAUAUUCAUUAG